CAAAACCUUUCCUCUAUGGUCGUUUUUGUUGGUUUUGAUUUUUUAUUUUUCGUUCGCAUUUCGUUUUCCAAAAUUCGGUAUUUUUGUUAUCCCUUUAAAAUAUAAGUUUUGGUUUUGUUAUUUAGUAGAUCCCUCUUCCCUGUCUGUCCAUUUACCUCGUGUUCUUGACAUUCUAAAUAAAUAUAUUUUAUAAAUAAAAACAAUUGUGAUAAUUUAUGUGGUAAAAACUACACUUGGAAUAUGAACAAUUCGGCUGCCAAAGUAGGGGAAAUAUUCAGGGAGGCAGGCACAGCAUUCAACAAGCUGUCUGAGAUGACACUGCUGUUACAUCCCAAGAAUGAAUUGCAAAACGGAUUUAAAUGGAGUGAAGAAGAGCUUGACGUGCUCAGGACUUGUGUGCAUCGUUUUGCUGUAGAUCUUAACAAACUUAGCCACCACAUAAAGAGUAGGACAGUUUCCCAAAUCCGCACAACAUUAAAGAAGAAGGCAUUCGAAGACGCAGGUAUACCUGUGAGGCAGGUAAGCAGCAUCGCGCCCAGGGUCGGGAAACCAGCUACCCAGGUAGUUGCGCCACUCAACAUCAUCCAAGGAGUGAUAAGAACUAACGCCGAGGUGACAUUGAACAUGCUAAAUGCAACGGAAAACGAAGUGGAUGUGGAAGGUUUGACUGGUGAAGUGAAACUCGAGUUCGAUGGAAGCACCGAGGAAGUGAACGCGUGAAAAUUUUCAACCCACAAUUUAAUUUAAGUUUAAAACUUAAUUUUAUUUUAAUGUUUAAAACUUAAUUUUAUUUUUUAAUUUGUGUAAUUUGUUUUUUUUAUAUUUUAAUUUGUUUAAAGACGAGUAUUACGGGAAGUCCGUUUGGCAUAUGUGGUUAAAACACAUAGACAAGAGUUUGACAGGCGCUUUGGCCAAUAUUGCUUCCUCACUUUAUACAUAUAAGCAAUCACGCUUGCUUUGUCAUCUUAUGACCACUGCAAACAGACCAAAUUAGAUUAUAUCAUAAUGAAAAAAAGAAAACAAUCCGACGAAUCGAUAUCCUCUUCCUUUUUUGAAGUUGGUUAAAAACGCCCGUCACAUGCUAAUUGUUAUUAAAGUCUGACAACUUCGUUGAUUACACUCCUAUGAUAUUCGAGUGACGGGCGGAAAGAGUGCGCGGGUGUGUAAUAGUGCGUGCGGGGAAGUGACAUGCGUCAGUCGUGGGUUUUCAUUCAUCGCUACAAAGCCCCCGCCCCGCGCGCAACAUCGGCAGUGUUAUGAACGAAGUUGCCAAGCUAUAGUUGUCAUCUCAACAUACUUGGUUUUACAGUCUGCUAUGUCAGGACAUGCAGUGGCGUGCACAAGAUUUUUAACUAGGGUAUGCAUUAUAGGUACCUACAAAUUGUACAAAAUGGAGAAUUCCUCCUUCAAUACAGGUACUUAAUGAAUCGUCAGGGUAUGCAUUUAUGAAGUGCACGCCACAGAGGACAUGGUAACUGUGGUAAUUAAUUGGUGAUAGGAAACUCCCUUGGGGUACUCCGGCUGUAAUACUGUGUUAUUCUGAUAGUUCCGCGCCUGCCUUUAUGUGGAACUUCCGUUUUCUAGGAAUAAACGGAUAAUUUAGAGAAGAAAGGAAAUUAAAGAGAAGGACCUUGUGCCAUGUCUAGGAACACAUUCGUCCUCAUUGAAGAAUAGUACGAUAUUUAUAUUUGGACAAACAUAUCUCGUUGUCUCUUGUCACUCGGUUUAAGUUAUAUACUAUAUCAUUAAGUAAUUAAGUAAGUAGUAAUUUUAGAAUUUUAUUUCAUGUUUGGUGUAUUUAGUUUGUGAAAAAAAAGUUCGCAUAGUUUUAAGUGUUAUAUUUCUAUAUUCCUUAUGGUUCCGUAUAUAGUAAAAUAAAUAGUUAAUGUAGAAUAGUUUAACCUUUUUAAAAUUUGAAUUUGUGAAUUUUAUACUAUACUAUACUUAUAACAAAUAAUAAUUCAUUCUUCCAACAUGGUUCACGAUUAUCUAUACUUAUAGAAAAUCUAUAGACAGGGCAAUUGUGUACAUGAAAUAUAUUUCCAAAAUAACUAUCAGGGGGUGAUUAGUGAUCGAUACUGAAGCCAAAAGUGUAAUCAGUAAAAUUUUUGUCUGUCUGUCUCGCUCGGAUUUCGUUAAACUCGACGGAUUUUAACGAAACUUGGUACAGUUGUUCUUCAUACUCCUGGGUAGGUUAUAGAUACAUCACGCUUUCUUCACGCUACGAUCAAUAGGAGCUGAGCAGUGAAGGGAAAUGUUGGGAAAACGGGAGAAGUUACUUAAUUUCUUAAGCUUCUGUCGCGUGUACAGCCUUAAUGGGGAAGGUAGGGGUAGGGUAGAGUAGGGAUAGGGAAGGGGUAGUUGAAAUUUACAUCGACUUUCACGUGGACGAAGUCGCGGGCGUCCGCUAGUUUUUAAAAUUUUAUAAGGGUACAAUUACUUUAAUAUGUAGAUGUAGUGCGCAUCAAGUGACUGCCGUUACGUAUUCUACUUUUUAACUAUCUGUGCAUGUGCUGCUAUCUAUUGUGAUUUUAAUUAUAAAGUAAGAAUAAUAAUAAUUAUUAUUAUUAAUGAUAGAUGCCACACAACUGGAAUUUUUUGUGAUAAUCGACGUUGAAUGUAAUCUAUCUGGAUUUAUUAUAGAACCUCUAUACCUCAAACUUCUAGGGAGAUGCCCAACAAUUCGAGUUCAUCAUCAUCAUGAUUGAAAGCUGAUGGACGUCCACUGCUGGACAUUAGGUCUCUUGCUUAGACUUCCAAACAAAACGAUCUCCAGCAUCCAUCGGCUCCCUGCAACCUGCGCGAUGUCCUCGAUCCACCUAGACAGGGGUCGACCAACACUACGCUUUCCCGAGCGGGGUCGCCAUUUCAGCACCUUGGGACUCCAACACCCUGUGGCCUGCCCAUUGCUACUCCAGCUUUGCGACUCGCUGAGCUAUAUCUGUGACUUUGGUUCGUCUGCGGAUCUCCCCAUUUCUUAUUCGAUCCUACGAGAAAUUCCAAACAUAACUCGCUCUUUCCUUUCGCUGAGUGUAUUUGAGCCUUCUAAUAAGGUCCAUAGUCAGCUCUCGAAUCCGUAUGUCAUCAUUGGCAACACACUGUUCGAAGACUUUCGUCUUCAGGCACUAAGGAAUAUUGGACGUAAAUACGUAUACGUAAGACGUAUAGUUUUCAAGUUAUUCAAGAAAUUAUGUAAAAAGUCUUUCUAAAAAGUUUAUCUCCAAGAGGGUUACAUUUUUCGAGUACCUAAUUAAAGUUAUGAGACUUAAAGGGGAAAUGAACAAGUAUUUUUUGCUACUUAUCGAAGUUCGAAUUAAAGUGGUUCUACUGUUUAAGUUAUUAAGUAUAAUAUGUUUUUAAUAGAAAUAAUCUAAGUGCUCAUAAUACAAGUCUAACAUAACUAUGCUUACGUGCCUAAUGAAUUGUCUUAAUAUCUUAAUAGAAAAAUAAGAAACUUCGUCAUUAUCCUUUUAACUUAUGUCUUCUGAUGAACACACGUAAGUUGUGGGUCUGUGGAAUAUUUCAAAAGUUCUCAAGCCGCCUGCAUUCAGCGGCUUUUCUGUAAUCAGUUAAAUAUCGUCGGUCCACCCAGUGUAGAGUUACCUAAAACUCUGCAAUUCAGUUGUACGAUGCCCCAUAUUAUAAUGAUCCGUAUUAUAGCUUGGCAAGUUCGUUGAUGACACUACCAUGAUAUGCGGGCGACGGGAGGAAGGACGCUAACCCACUCCCGGCCCGCGCGGUCCAAUGGGAGUGUUACGAACGAAUUUGCCAAGCUAGAGAAACGUUCUUCACCCAUCUGUUUAUUGGAUGAAAAGUGUUUUACAUCAAAUACGUUAAUAAAUAUAUUGCCUAUUUCCUGGCCAAUUUAUUAUUAACCAUUAUUUUUUAUUUUAGUUUGGCUAUUUUUUAACAUACUUAUAUUGAUUUAAAACACUUUUCAUUCAUUUCUAAUACGGAUCGCUAUAAUAGCUCCAGCUUAUUAUUAUAUAUUUAUAGGUCAUGACUAUAUACAGGGUUGAACUGAACUUUCUUGAUUACAAGUUUAUUAAUAAGACUAUUUAAUUUUUAUCGCUGAUAGUGUUGUGGUUUUUUUUAUUCUCAUCUUGGUAAAUAGAUUUAGUUCAACUUUUUGCGAAUGUUUUAUGGACAUGCAAAAUUAAACGAGCGAUAGUAUAUUGGCUUUAUUUUAACUGUCAUUUAACAUCACCAUUUAAAUUAUCUAUAUUUAUUUAUAUGUUCACAUCUAUCCAUCUAAAAAUAUAGUCAACACACAUAUUGCCCAAAAAUAAAUCGGAAACUGCUAUGGGAAAAAGAAAUAUAAAUAUAAUUUGUUACUAAAACUCAUAAAUUAAAUCUAUGUACAUCAAAUGAAUCAAUUCCCAAGAUUUAACAGAAUAUUAAAAAGCUAAAUGAAAUUAUUUUUUUUUUUAUUGUAAUUUAAUUCUUGCUUCUUAAUUUUGAAUGCUUAACAUUCAAAAUUAUUACUAGUAAAGGGGAUAAAGCUUAAUUAUUAUUAGUUUAUUUUAUUUAUUUAAUUAUUAUGUAUUAUGUGUUUUUAAACAUUAUACAAAUUGUAUCAAACCCUCAGAGAAAAGGAAAUACCUAAGAAUUUGUAUCUACCAUAGCAAGUUUUAUUAAGUAACCUUGGUCUAAGUAAGUAACGGACUGCUAUUCUCACUUAAACGUGUGUUCCAAAAUUCCGAGCUUGUAUUUGUUUUUAAUAAACAAAUACAAGAUUCUUGUCCCGACUUGGAAUUUUGACAAAAAUAUUAAUUUUAAAAAAUAUUGCUCACUUUAAAUGAAUUUAAUGGUGAUAAGUAUUUUUAAUCUUUACCUGUGAAAUUAGUUUAAAUCAACGAAUAAUAAAUUUAUUUUGCGAUAUUCUGUUUAUAUGUACUAGGUAUUUGAUUGUAGAGAUGAUAAAAUGUGAAAUUCAUAUAUAGGUAUUCAUUAUUGUAUAAUGUAUGAAUGAAAAUUAUAUGGUAUGAGUAUAAUAUAAGUACCAAGUAGGUAUACUAUAAGAAAAAAAAACAUCGUGAGGAAACCUGUAUACCUUAGAAUUUUCUUAAUUCUCUACGUGUGUUAAGUCUGCCAAUCCGCAUUGGGUCAGCGUGGCGGACUAUUAGCCUAACCUCUCACUCUGAGAGGACACUCGUGCUCAACCGUGAGCCGAAAUGGGUUGCUAAAGAUGAUGAUGAUACAAUAAUAAAAAAGAUCGCGUACAAUCAUCAUCAUCAUCAAAUCAGCCGAUAGACGUCCACUGCGGGACAUAUUUGUACUUAUAUUUCCCCAACUAUAGGGUUGCCAACAUUUUUUGUAGAAUAAUAUGGGUUUUUUAGAUUUAGCCAUCAAAAAUAUAGUACACUUAAAGAAAAUAUAGUACCUAUUUUACGAAACAAGCGAGAAAGUUUUAAAAUAUUUAUUUUGACUUAUUGCUAUUAUAUUAUAUGUUUCAAGAGUUUUUGUAUAAGUAAUUUAGAGAUAUAAUAAUAUGCUUUUUCGCGUUUUUCACAUUUUUUUUUUUUCUUUUUUGUAGAUCGAUAAAUUUGGAUUCGAUGAUUGAAAAGUUUCAAAAUAAAAGAUAAUAUAAAAUAAUAUUGUAAAGUUGUAGAAAACAUAGUAUUAUUGCGUACUAUAUAUUUGUUCAACAGUAUAUAGUACGCAGAAUUGGAAUAAAGUACAAUACUAUAUAUUAUAGUACGGUUGGCAACCUUAUCCAAACAUCACGAUCUUGAGCCGCCUGCAUCCAGCGAAUUCCUGCGACUCGCUUGAUGUCGUCAGUCCACCUGCUUACAGUAACAAAAUAAAUUUAUUAUUCACUUUUCUUACCGAACUACUGCAAUAACAAUACGCCUUAAAACUAAGCACACUUUAAUCUAUUCGUCAAUAUUUUAUAUUAGGUAGGUAUACUAUUAUAUUUUUGAAACGGAGACGAGUCUUAAACAUAGUGAUUAUAUUGUACCUACCUAGGUGUAAAUAUCGUCAUUAAGUUCUAUCGAUAUUCUACAUUUUUUUAGUUACAUAUUAGAAUCAAUAAGUCUUAAAUAAUUGUUUAAAGUUAUUUUAAACUGAUAAUGUCAGGAUAUAAAUAAAUAAUUAGUUACUA